UGGGCGGGGCCUAACCCCCCCCCCCCGCCCCCCCCCCCCCGCAGGAGCUGGAGGCCAUCAAGGCCCGGGUGCGGGAGAUGGAGGAGGAGGCCGAGAAGCUCAAAGAGCUGCAGAACGAGGUGGAGAAGCAGAUGAACAUGAGCCCCCCGCCGGGCAACGCCGGCCCGGUCAUCAUGUCCCUGGAGGAGAAGAUGGAGGCGGACGCUCGCUCCAUCUACGUGGGCAACGUGGACUACGGGGCGACGGCGGAGGAGCUGGAGGCCCACUUCCACGGCUGCGGCUCCGUCAACCGCGUCACCAUCCUGUGCGACAAGUACAGCGGGCACCCCAAGGGGUGAGUGCCGCCCCCAAAACGGGGGGAAUCGGCCCCAAAACGGGGCC